AAUAGCCAAUCUCCCAUUAAUGGCCAGAAAUAAUACUACUAUAUGUGCGUUGAUAAUAUUAAUUAUUAAAUCCCAUUUGUUGUUAUAUGAUACCAAAAGGAAUCCAAGCAUAUAAAAUACAUGUGUAUUUUGUUGCAGGAAUCUAUUAAAUAUACUGAAGUUGAAGCUGUUUUUGUAGAGUAAAUAGAAGGUGAAGGAGGUUUCAAUGUUUGAGCGUAACUUGGGAUAUAGGCAAAAAUGGAAUUCUCAUAGUAAAAGUUUUCUUUGGAAACCAUCCUAGAGAGGGAUUCCUUGUUUUUUUUUUUUUUUUUAUAGCCUUUCGGUGCUUGAAUUCUACUUUCAUUCUCUUUAUCCUUUCUUUUUUGCACUGAUAUCUUUCAAGAAUGGAAUCGAAUUUUUCUCUGCUUCAAUCUUUUGCUUAAUUGGAAUCAUAUCCUUAUCCUUGGAUGUUGGAAGCAGAUGCUCUUAUAGCUUAGACAAAAAGCAAAAUCUAAAGCUGCAAUUGCUGACUUCUUAUUCUCAUUCCCAUAAUUCCUUUCCCUCUGUCACUCCCUCUCUCCUUUUUGUUUUGCUUUGCUUUCUUUUGACUCCAAAUCUCCCGCAUUUAUUGCGGUUCUUGGGUUUUUGGUCUUUUGAAAAGCUUUUGCCCGCUUUCUUGAAUUCACGUAAUGUGCUAGAGUAGUUCUUGUCUCUGUUGAUAAGAGUGUUCCCAAGCUGCAAACAUGGCUAUAGAUGUCUGCUCAGAGAUUUCAAGCGCUGGAAUUAGUCCAAGAAUUUCAUUCUCCCAUGAUCUCAACGAAACUGCAGAUGCUGUAUCCAUUGAAGAUUGCCAUCCUAGAUUAGACUCAUCUCUAUUGGAUUCAGAUUUUGAUUUCUGCAUUAGCAGCAGCUUUAUCCAAGAAUUGUCUUCUGCGGAUGAGCUCUUCUCUAAUGGCAAGAUCCUUCCUAUUGAAAUCAAGAAACAGUUAGUUUCAACUAAAGAUACCGAUCAACCAAAGCCGGUCGCUUCCGGUCGUCCUGUGCAAACUACUACAGAGACUACAGAGAAGAAGAAGCUACUGAAGGAGUUCUUGUCAAUGAGUAUUGAUGCAGAUGAAAAGCCUGCAUCGAAAUCUUUUUGGCAGUUCAAGAGAAGCAAUAGUCUGAAUUGUGAAAGUUCUCGAAGUAAAGGCCUAAUUAGGUCACUACAGUUUCUUUCAAGAAGCAACUCUACAGGGUCAGCUCCAAAUCCUCCAAAACAAGCAGUGUUUUCUAAGGAAACUCCGAAACCACGUUUACAAAAACAACAUUCAGUUCCAAGCAGAAAAUCACCGGCGGCAAGUUCAGGGGCAUUCUACUCUUAUAAUUCAGGGCAGAAACAUCCGCAAUUAAGGAAGUGUGGAUCUUAUGGGAAUGGGGUUAGAAUUAAUCCUGUCUUGAACAUACCACAUCCUUACAUUUCCAGAGGAACUGUGCAUCUUUUUGGUCUUCGUUCUCUGUUCUGUAACGGUAAGGUUAAAAAGAAGAAGAGAUGAUUAUUAAGUUGAGAGUUCCAUUUAUGACUGAAUCUUUUCAAGUACAGAUUUAUUUUAGCAGUCUAUCAUUUUCAUUCA